GGGGCGGCGCUUGGUGAUGAAGCUCAGGUGACUGUGACGGGACUGGGUUUUGUGGCGCUGAGGGAAGUGACAGGAUGAUGGACACAACAGCCGGGGCUGUGAACCUCAAUUAAACCUAAUCUUCAGAGAGAUAUCUCCUCUGUUCGCAAUCAUGGGGCAGCAGAUCUCCAGCCAGACACAGACGGUUAUCAACAAGCUGCCCGAGAAACUGGUGAAGCACAUGACUCUGGCCCGAGAGAGCGGAGUCCUGACGUACGAGGAGUUCCUGGGCAGGGUCGCUGAGCUUAAUGAUGUAACAGCUAAAUUGGCUUCGGGACAGGAAAAACAUCUCCUGUUUGAAGUGCAGCCAGGUUCUGAUUCCUCUGCCCUGUGGAAAGUUGCUGUACGAGUUCUGUGUACCAAGAUCAAUAAGACGACUGGUAUUGUGGAAGUCUCGCGGAUCAUGAACUUGUACCAGUUUAUGCAGCUGUACAAAGACAUCACCAGUCAUGCCGCAGGAGUAUUCACCCAAAGCAGCAGCUGUGACGGUGGCGGUGCAGCUGAGGAGAACAUGGAGGGCUUUUCUUCUCUUUCCUCCUGCCAAGCAAGCUUUUUAAUGGGAAAGGUUAAGCAGCUGACAGACGAGGAAGAGUGCUGCAUCUGCAUGGACGGACGGGCCGACCAGAUCCUGCCUUGUGCUCAUAGCUUCUGUCAGAAGUGCAUUGACAAAUGGAGCGAUCGAAACCGCAACUGUCCUAUUUGCCGCCUCCAGGUAACAGGGGCAAAUGACUCAUGGGUAGUGUCAGAUGCCCCCACAGAUGAAGACGUGGCCAGCUACAUUCUCAACCUGGCUGACGAGGUGGGGCAGCCCCAUGACACUUUCUUGUAAUCCCUGCAAAUCCUACAGCGGAGUGACAUCAUCUGCGCUCUCCUAAAUGUAACAUUUAAUUCCCAAACUCUCCACUUACUGACGUUAGUAUAAUCAUGAUAGAAGAAGAAGUGUUUUGGCGGGUGAUGGGGUUCACUGAAAAUUGGCAUAGUGUCUCCAUGUGUGUUGGAGGAAGAAGCCAUUUUCAUUCCCAGUCUUGUUGUGAAUAUACCUUUAUCCUUAAUGUAAAUGUGAAGGUUAGACUGACAUAUACAGUAUCUCUUGUAGCUAAGGGGUUUAUGAUGUUCGCUGCGGGCGUGGCUAACUAAAACCCUUCCGAACACAAAGCUGUAGUUUUAUUCUGUAGGGUUGUGAAGAGUCCCCUCGACUGGCUAUAUGGCACUUAUAGGACCAUGUUGUGGGUAUCCGCUGAAUGCCACUUACACUGUCACCCGCUUGCAUGCAAACAGCACCCAACAUGGCAUGCAUAAAGACUGACUCCCUGACUUGCAUUUAUUUGCAUUAAAGAGAAGUUGUUUCUAAUAUAU